ACCAGAACAUAACCCUAAAUUCUCCAAUUUUUUUUUUCCAGUUCCCUGUCUAGAAAUCAUCUUCUUGCUUUCCAGAAAUCAUCUUCUUGCUUUCGAUCGUUCCUUUUUUCGUUCAAAAUGGAGGGUGGGCUUUCGCGAAGCAACUCGUUCACUGAUUCUGCAUCAACUAGCAGCUUUCUUGGAAAAAAAUAUGUUUGCACGUGCGGUUUGGAUGCUGUUUUGAGAACGUCACUGACUUACCAAAACAUGGGAAGAAGAUUUUGGGGAUGUCCUAAAUUCGAGGUUGGGAAGGCUGGGAAUGCAUGCGAUUUCUUCCACUUUCUUGAUGGUGAUGAGGUGAUUGAGGGAAGACCCAGGGAUCUCCUGCUGCGACUUAAAGAUAAGCAAAUUAGGCUUGAGAAAGAGAUUCAAAGUUACAAGGAAGAAAACGAAAAUCUUAUGGCUGAAAAGGGGAAACUAUUGCAGGAAAAUGCAGACUUGAUGUUCGAAAAUGGGAAAUUCCUGCAAGAAAAUGGUGACUUGAAG